GCUCGCGCUCAAGAGACAUCACCUCGUGUUCUUCUAAUUCAUCCUAAAAUUGCUCAUUCGAAUUUCAAUGAACAGCCCCGACAAGCCGAAUUUAACCAGAGUCUUAUGGUUCGUUAUCAACGAAAGGUAGUGGAGUAUCGAAAUAGUCUAGCUGUAAGUUAGAUGUGUGUCAAUAAUAUCGAAUUCUGGCGGCUGCAACACGAGACCAACAGAGAUACGCCUAACAAAUAAUCAUGUUUACCUGUACACAGCUCCUGAUUAUCAAGAUCAGCGAAUUGGUUCUAGCGGUGAUAAUCUUAGCUAUUCACAUUAAUGAGCCUUUCUGCAACCCAGAGGACAAAUUCCUGGCGGCGGGGACUGAAGUCGCUUUUCUGAUCAUUAUGAUUGGGCUUUUUGCUGGGGCUUUGACGGGGACACCUGUCCAUCGCCGUGUGGAUCUCUUCUUCAUCCUGAUCGGAUGUGGUCUCUUCAUCGCUUCCGGUGUAGUUGUCAUCAACCACUGGCACAAAAUUGUGCACAGCGACAAAUACCGCGACAUGGCCCUCUCCCGAGGAUCACUGUCGCUCAUCGAAGGGGUUGUGCUGCUCGUAGACGCUUUCUUCACGUUCCAGGGAGAAAAAUUAAUUUGAUAGUUGACCUGAGAUUGUUGAGAAUGUACCAAAACUGCACUGAUUACUCUUAAGGGCAUUACGAGAUUUUUAAAUAACAGACGAAAUAUGUAUUUUUGUAAUUACCCAUUGACGAUGCAAAGCUGUAUUUUCAGAGGGAGGUAGUCUAUUAGUACGAGAUUGUCCUGAUUUCGGCAUUUUAUAGUCUAAUUUCGUUUUCUACGGAGUCACUGAUGAUGAGGAAGAGAGAGAGGCACAUUGGAUCAUUUUUAAUCGAAUAAUAUUGUGAAUAAUGACGUGAUUAAUAAUAGUGAUGAUUGGGAAGCUGAAGAAUCAAUUAUACGUACGAAAAAAAUUCAUAGAAAAACGUAGGAAAUUCGCCAGAAAAUUCUGUUGGAUUUUCAUUAAACUUUCUAUUAGUUUUUGGCAGAUUCUAUGGAAAAAUUGGCAGCUUAUCUGCGCUUUCUUUGAAUAGAAAUGUUCAAUGGGAAAUGUUCUGUAAAAAAAAAUCAACAAAAUUUUAUAUUUCUAUAGAAAUUCUAUUGUUUUGUAGUUUUUGGCUUAAUCCAAAUGAGUUGAUCGAUUUUUAUCAUUCGGACAUAAUAAAUUCUUUCACUUCGAAUCAGCUGAUGGCCACAGAGGCCAAAAACUACAAAACAAUUAAAAAAUUCGGUCGAAAUCUUCUCCGCAGCAUAGAAAUUCUGUAGAAAUUCCUCCGCUCAAAUUUUCUAAGAUUUUUUACUUAAUUUUUUCCAUGAAAUUGUUUUUAUCACACAUUUUCUUUAAAAAAUGCGCAGUGAAGCUUGAGAAUUCCGCAAUGAAAUCAGCCAAAAACUUACAGAACUCUCAGUAAAAAUUCAAUACAAUUUUCGAUCGCAUUCGCUAGAUUUUUCCACGAAAUUUUGAUAGUCAUCAUGUGUUCAUUUGAAAGAAUACUAAUUAUUCAGAGUGGAUAAUAACAGUAUCAAUUAAAAGAUCGAAUGAGAUCCAUCUUGCUUCUCUCCUCAAAACCAAGCACAAGCUUUACCGCAAGAUAAGAAAGAAUGUACAACUGUUAUAAUUUCUGUAUUUUAUGUACCACAAAUCAAAUAUCUCGAAUUAUCUGUCCACAUUCUGCUAGUCGUUUAUCGUCCACCUUUAUUGAAUGUAAUUUCGCAUUGAUUUGUAGAAUCUAGAGGCGAUUAUUUUGUUACGGACGAAAGUAAAAACCAUUUGACCAAAAGAA